UAUUUUGGCACUCGCCUUUUACGCGCAGCCACCGUGACUCCGCUCUCUGUUUUACGCACACAGAUCCGGCUGUGAACUGCACUUCCAUCACCUGAGCUGAUCUUUUUUUUAUUUCUAACUUUCGAAUAAAGGAGGACUGGACAUGUCUGGGACGUGGAGGGGACUGUCCACAUGCUGGUGUCUGCUGAUGCUGGCGCAUUUCUGGCUUCAGACCGAUGCGGCCUUCGUGUGCAGCUCCACCCAGCUGAGGUGUGGGAACGGGAGGUGCAUCACCCGCAGGUGGAUUUGUGACGGAACGGAUGACUGUGGUGACGGGACCGAUGAGCUGCCUGCGACCUGCGCAAACAAAACCUGCCUGCAGGCAGAGUAUGACUGCGGCGCUCCCAUGCACCAGUGUAUACCAGACGGCUGGCACUGUGACGGCAAAGCUGACUGUACCAACGGGGCUGAUGAGAGUAACUGCACGGCUAAACAAUGCAAGCCUGACGAGUUUAAAUGCGCCAGCGGCGAGUGUAUAUCCACCUCCUUCGUUUGCGACAAGGAAAACGACUGCCCCGAUGGCUCGGAUGAAGUCUCCUGCCCCACACCCACCUGCAGCCCUCAGUCCUUCCAGUGCAACAACUCGGCGUGCAUUAUGCUCCUGUGGCUCUGCGACGGAGACGAGGAUUGUACCGACGGUUCGGACGAGUGGCCGCAGAACUGCGUGGGACGGCUGCCGGACAAGACUGCGCAGCGCUGCGGCGUCCACGAGUUCCAGUGCGCAAACGGGGAUUGCGUCCACAGCAACUGGAGGUGUGACGGAGACUUCGACUGCAAGGAUCGAUCGGACGAGGUCAACUGCAGUCGUCCUACUUGUCGUCCAGACGAGUUCCAGUGUAAUGACGGCGCCUGUAUCCACGGCAGCCACCAGUGUGACAGAAACAACGACUGCAGGGACGGCAGUGAUGAGAUCGGCUGCCACACAGAAAGCGUAUGUGAAGGCCCGACCAAGUUCAAGUGUCGCAGCGGGGAGUGUAUCAGCAUGGAGAAAGUGUGCAACGGUCAGAGAGACUGCAGCGACUACUCCGACGAGCCUGUCAAAGAGUGCAACAAGGAUGAGUGUUCGACUGGAAAUAGCGGCUGCUCCCAUUUCUGCAUCGAUCUGAAGAUUGGCUUCAACUGCUCCUGCCCCGCUGGAUACAGCCUGAAGAUGGACAAGAAAACCUGUGAAGACAUCGAUGAAUGUGCUGAGCCGGACACUUGCAGCCAGAUCUGCAUCAACCUGCCCGGCAGCUACAAGUGUGAUUGUGGGGAGGGCUACGAGAUCGACCCUGCGAGCAAGACGUGCAAGACUGAAUCAGGCACCGUGCCCACCCUCUUCUUCACCAAUAAACACGAGGUGAGGAAGAUGACAGUGGACCGCAGCGAGUACGUCCGUCUGAUCCCCGGGCUGAAGAACGCUGUGUCUCUAGACAUGGACAUGUCUAACAAGAUGAUCUUCUGGUCUGACCUGACUCUGAAGAAAAUCUACAGCUCCAGGAUCGAUGUGGCCGGUAACUCCUCUUACCACACUGUAGUAAUUGGCAGUGGGAUUGAGGCCCCAGAAGGCAUUGCAGUGGAUUGGAUCCAUGGCAACAUCUACUGGACUGACGGCGUUUUGAAGACUAUCUCUGUGGCAACGACAGACGGCAGCAAGAGGAAGACCCUGAUCACAGAGAACCUGGACAAGCCAAGAGCCAUCGCAGUCGACCCCAUAAAUAACUUCAUGUACUGGACAGACUGGGGUGACGAGGCCAAGAUUGAGAAGAGCGGUUUGAACGGAGUGGACCGCGUCGUCUUGGUAAAAGAAAACAUCCUGUGGCCCAAUGGCAUCACCUUAGACAUGGUCAACCAGCGUCUGUACUGGGUGGACUCCAAGUUGCACACUCUGUCCAGCAUCGACGUGAACGGAGGGACGCGACACAGUCUCAUUAUCAGCGAGGAAAAGCUCGCCCACCCCGUCUCUCUGACUGUGUUUGAGGACAAAGUCUUUUGGACCGACAUAAGCGCCGGUGCUGUUUUUAGUGCCAGCCGCCUGACAGGGAAAGACAUCACCACGCUGGCAACAGACCUGAAUCAGCCAGAGGACAUCGUACUGUACCACAACCUCAAGCAGACAAACGGUACAAACGGCUGCAUCGAGAGUAACAGCAUGAACGGAGGCUGUGAGUUUUUGUGCCUUCCUGCGCCUGUGAUCAACCAGCACUCACCUAAAUUCACCUGUGCCUGUCCUGACAACAUGGCCAUGGGACCCGACAUGAGGAAAUGUGUGACAGCUUCGGUUGACCAGCCCGCCGAAAUCAAAACUGCUGCACCGCUCCUGCCCAAAGAUUCCACCAAGACCAGCGCGCCCAGGCAGACCACUACAGCAACUAUACCUACAACCAGAGCUACCAAACAAACCACAACUAUCUCAACCAGCCCGACCACACAGCAGUCUGCCGCCACCGGUCAAGGUAACAGACUGGCAGCCCUGCCUGAAGAAGCUCCUUCAUCCCCCCCCAUGGCUCUCUACGUCGUGUUGCCAAUAAUCGUCAUGGCCUUGGUCAUCUUUGGAGGAGCGUUGCUAUGGAGACACUGGCGCCUGAAGAACACCAACACCAUCCACUUUGACAAUCCCGUGUACCAGAAGACCACCGAGGACGAGCUGCACAUCUUCAGGAACAACUCUGAGGGCUACGUUUAUCCUCAGAGGCAAAUGCUGAGCAUGGACGACCUGGAUGUUGCAUAACCCAAAGAUGAAGAAGACACAAGCUUUAUUUGAAGUGAUUUUCCACAUUUGAAGGCCAUUUUAUGCUACUGCUGCUGCUUAACAUCCCUCCUUCCUUCCUUCCUUCCUUCCUUCCUUCCCUUCCCUCGCCGACGAGCUCAUUUUUUGGCGUAUGUUUCUGACCUCAGCACUGUGCCGUCCAAGUCUGAAGAAAGAGCUGAAAAACUUACAAGAAGCCACGAAAUGGCUUUGAAACGAAGGACUGACCCGUGUUUCAGAAGACGACGCUCUUCAUCUGAGAGCUUUGACUCUUCUGAAGCUGAAUCCUGAAUUUUUAACGCACUGCUCGCUCACUCUGCCACCAACACGUCGCUCCGGGAUUACCCAAACACACGUUAACAAAAGUUUGACCUGACUGUACUGUUUUAAGACUCUUUGUGUGCCUUCCACCAACACUUCACUAAAGUUUAUUGGAUGUACAUGAAUGCCUUACUGACACUCCAAAGCAGUUUCUCUGGUAGUUAAUGCCUUUCCCUACUUUAGGCAGCGAUGGCCUUCAUAAUCAUACUGCGGUCCUCUGCUCGUGGACGCAGAGUUGCACAUUUUGUUGGCUCCUAUAUUAGAGGCAUUACUGUCGUUCAUCAUCGUCUGUACGUCACAUUUAAAACUUAUAUUACUAUUUGUUUCCUCUGGUGAUGUGUCACGGACGGUUCAUGUUGAAAAUGGAAAAGCUGCUGAGUUUUCUGAAGUCAACCAAAAUGAAGAAAAUGUUUUUGUUUUUGUUUUUUUGUUUGUUACGUAACCGUGUAAAUAGUUUGUGUAAAUAUUUUGUAAAACAGUUCUCUCUUUGUACAUUUUAAUCAAGAAAUGUAAAUAUGUGAGAGAUUCUUUUAUUUAUUUAUGGAAAUAUACGAGUGAAGGUUUUUUUUUUGAUUGUCAUCACGUGGCCGUAAGCUUCAGUAAAGCCAGUCUAACCAUUAUAGUACAUUGUGCAGCUGUUAUUUAAGUUAAGAGAAAUACUGAAGAAGCCCUCGUUCUCCUCUGUUUGUUACUUUUUCAGUGAUGAAUAAUUUAUUUUGCCUUUUCCUUCCUGUAACUGUGACGUUUCUGUUUUCACUGUGAGUUUCGAGGCACAUGCUGUGCAGACAUGUACGCAUGGAUCAUGUAAGGAUCGAUGCACGACAGCCAGCUUGUUAACGCACGUUGCUUUGUUUGUUUGUUUGUUGUUUUGGUUGUGUUGAUCUUUUUUUUUUUUUUUAAUAAAAGUUAAAUUCUUAA